AUGUCUCACUUGACCUCUGCAUCGUCAAUAUCCACCACUUCCUCUCAACACUUGCUCGCCAUAACCACCACCACCACCACCAUAAUGUUUAAGAGGAAGUUUGGUAGCACAUCCGAAGAUAUCGAGGAGGAAGGUGCGAUGCAUCAAGACAAGAAGAGCAAACAGGAACACCACGUACCCAAUCCACAAGCAACUCUACUGGGGCUACCUGGGGAACUGCGCAAUCGCAUCUACCGUCUCGCGCUCUUCGAGGAAAACCGCAUUAAGAUCGACGCCACCAACCACACCCUCCCACCACUCCUUCGCACCUGCCGGCAGAUCCGAAACGAAGCGACCUCCAUACACCUGAAGGAGAACAGAUUCGGCAUUGUGAUCCAUAACCUCUACCCACAAGCGCCUGUCGCGAGCUCUGGACACUGGUACGUGAAGACCAAGUACACGGUCUCCUGGAGUGGCGUCGCCAACUGGGAGAAUCUCAAGGCGUGGAUGAAGCUCAGGUACAAUCACGAGCUGUGUGGCGCGAAAGCAUCGAACAGUCCUGUCAACCUGGUAUUGAGUGGUGCUGCUGGGGGUGCUUCCAAGAUGGUGAAGCUGAUGCGAGCCAAGGGGCUGACGUGGGAUGAUAUUGAGCCCAUGCUGGAGGAGUAUAAGCUCGGGGUUGAGCAUUCUCAUGGGCAGAUGCAGUUUUGGAGAUAG